ACCAAAUUGAGGCCAAACAAAAUAAAUCAGCAAGGUACAUACGAAUUCUGAGGAGUGAACUCCUAAAUGUUCUGACCAGAGCCUCCAUUUUCGGGCCUGCCAACUCCGUUUUGAGCUAUCCUAGAGAACUUCAAAAAAAAUACAUUUAGGAAUUAGAUUUUAGAGAUCUGCACUCAGAUGUUAGAGAUCUGAAAAUUUGAUUGCUCGCAUCACUACGCAGUAUACGCCAUUCACCUCUUCCCGCAGGGUUCGGAUUGUCUGAUCCUUAUAGCUGUCAUGGAGAGAAUAAAGAGAAUGAAGGUGAGCAUAGAAGGAGAAAAAGUGGUUCUGGUACCAUACAUGAGAGAGCACGUCCAGAAGUACCACAAAUGGAUGCAAGACCCUUCUCUCCUCCAAGCUACUGGUUCAGAGCCAUUAACUCUAGAUGAAGAAUAUGAUAUGCAGCUUUCUUGGACCCAAGAUCCCUUAAAACAUACUUUCAUAGUAUUGGACAAGGACCUAAUUGUUGGAGACUUUUUCCAUGGAGACCCUCACGUUGAAGCCAUGGUUGGUGAUGUGAAUAUAUACUUGAAUGACUUGGACGAUUCACAUAUUGCUGAGAUUGAAAUAAUGAUAGCUGAACAAAACUGUCGCGGCAAAGGGCUUGGUAAAGAGACAGUUCUUUUGAUGAUGACAUUUGCUGUGAGGAAUUUUGGGAUAAAAAACUUCCGAGCUAAAAUUGGAGAGUCAAAUAAAGCUUCUCUCAGUCUAUUCCAGAAGUUGGGAUUUGCACAAACUUCUUACAGUCAGAUCUUCAGUGAAGUAACACUGGAGUUACCAAUGACAGAGGCAAAAUGUGAGGAGCUUCUUCAACUGAUUGAUAAAAUGGUUAUACAUUCGUAGACCAUCUAUGAUUUUUGUAACUAAUCUCUAACCGCUUCCAGAACAUGGCAAAGAGCCAAAGACCAUCUAGAUUUUUUUUAUUAAUGUGUAAUUACUUGGAAGGUUUUGAAUGAGCUCCCAGUCCUCUGCAAAUGUAUGGAUUUUUUGUACUGCAAUGGUUUUUAUUGCUUUGGUUAAUUUAAA